CGUCGCCACUGCCUUAGCUCGCCGCGGCACCCGUGAUCCGUCACGAUCGUCGCAAGACGUAUUCUAGCGACGACUCUGCGACAUCUGCAGCUUUGCUCCGCACGCCGCGAAUCAGUUCGCCUGUCGCUAGACGCGCCUCAAACUAAUUCCGGUUGCCUUUUAUAUGCACCUCGAAGUCAGCUCGCGUGUUCGCGUCGUCCAGCGAGCGACGGUCAGGGAACGCCGAUAGCCUUAAGAGUUUCGUUGAAGCGGUGAAGGCGAAAGAAAGCUUGGUCCGCGAACAGGGAAUAAGCGUGGACCAAUGUUCAUCCAACACGUGGCAGCACUGUCGAAGCGCCGGAUCGUUCUCGCUUCGGCAUCCCCAAGGCGACGCGAAUUGCUAUCCGGUCUGGGCCUUACUGUUGACGUCAUCCCCAGCACCUUUAACGAGGACCUCAAUAAAGCAUCCUUCGCCAGUGCAGGAGAGUACGCAGCGGAGACAGCCACUCACAAGGCCAUAGAAGUCUCUUCCAAAGCCCUGAGCGCCUCCCAGGAGACUGGGGAGGCAGCACCCACGCUGGUGAUUGCUGCUGACACUGUGGUGGAAAUCGAUGGUGAGCUUUUGGAGAAGCCCGCUUCUAAGGAGGAUGCAAUCCGCAUGCUCUCUCUGCUCUCAGGUCGAAAGCACAGGGUUUUCACGGGCGUUGCUCUUGUGCUGCCAGCUGUCACUGACCCUCUGAUUGGCCGAUCGCCUCUGCUCCGGUCCUUUCACGAGUGCACUCAGGUUGAGUUCGCGCAACUCUCCCCAGCAGAAAUAGAGGCGUAUGUGGCAACAGGGGAGCCGAUGGACAAGGCAGGGGCGUACGGGAUUCAGGGUCUGGGAGGGUGUCUGGUGAAGGCAAUAAACGGGUGCUACUUCAAUGUCAUGGGCCUGCCGCUCAACAGGUAGUGAUUGCUUGCAUCAGAAAUCGACCAUCUUAUCACCUCAAAGCUUCUAGACGCAUGAGAUGAGAGUGACGCCUGGUCAGUGGCAAGAUAUGCGACAGGCCGAUCCCACCAUAUUGAGCUGAAAGUCUUCCGAGUGUCUGUUGGUUUGAAUAAGGUGUGAUCACUACGAAUGUACCAUGCAAGCUUGAACGUAUCACUCCAUGUGUCACAGCAGACAGCUAGCCAUAGAGGAACACAGGACACGACACAUGUGUUAAGCAGCGGGAAAAGUGAUGGACUUAGGGAAAAUGUCGACGAAUACAACACUAGGGCUGUACUAGCGAAGAACUAAACUAGCUAGGCUAUAAACAAACAUGACCUUGUCAAAAGACUAGCUUAGCUAGGAAGCCAUAGAAUGGCACAAGGUUUAG